AAAUCAUGGAAUUUUAGUUGUAUCAAAUGUGAUACAUUUGGCAAUAAAGGUUUUAAGUGCUGCUGCCUUUUAGUGGAUAAAUGAGGGGCAGCAUUUUGUGUGUAAGCUACUUCAUAUGCUGGUUGCAGUACUGCUGACCACUUCAUUAAGUCUGUGUUCGGGCCAGACGUUAUUAAUUUUAUGAAAGAGGCUGGGGGCCGGAUGAAAUUUGACCACGGGCCACAUUUGGCCCCCGGGCCGGACUUUGGACAUGUCUGCUCUAUAGCAUUUAAAAUGGCUUUUAUCGGCCAAUAUCGGAUAAUAUCGGACACUUUUAUUAAAGUGUGAAUGGAAUUUACUUUGGAUAGUUAGAUAUAUAGAAAUACUUUAGUGCCACUCUGUGAUGAAAUGACAAUGAUUAAUGUAGUUGAACUUCCUCUCAACCUAAUAUUGACUUGUUUUACUGGCCAUGAGUCAGGGCGGUAAAAUUAGUUACCUAUUGCAAUGCACAUGUGCACUGGACAAAACAAGGAUUGUCUCCAUUAAUAUGAGUCACAUUUUCUUCUGCUGCCUAUCCCAGAUUUUGUUUGUCCAUGGUAUCUGCAUGUCAUUCCACCUCCCACACCCUUACACCAGUCAGAGAGCGCACAUACAAGUACACAGGCUUUUACCCUGCUAAGGUCAGUGGCCUCACUUGUAGGGGGAAGGAGGAACCAGCUACCAACAUCCUGAACGGGGAUUUUCUUUUUUUUUUUUCUUCUUUGUUUCCUCAACAGUAGCAAUUUCACUCUGACAACAUGUGCACCGGAACAUGCUCUCGUUGCAUUGCUGUGACUUUGUACCCACUGGCGCUCAUAUCCAUUAUUUGUAACAUAGUAUUGUUCUUUCCUGAUGGGGACAUCAAGUAUGCUAAAGAUGGACAUAUUACGGAGGAGGUGAAAUACAUGGGAGGACUUAUCGCUGGGGGAGUAAUGGUCUUGCUACCAGCACUUUAUAUCCAUCUGACAGGUAAACAAGGAUGCUGUGGAAAUCGCUGUGGUAUGUUCUUAUCUAUUGCAUUUGCUGCAGUGGGUGUGGCCGGCGCCUUGUACAGUUUGUGUGUGGCAGCACUUGGUUUGAAAAACGGCCCACUUUGUAAAGUCGUCCUGGUAUGGACAACGCCUUUCAAAGACAGUUUUGCCCUAAGAAGAAAAAUAAAUGGCUCCCAUGAAUCCUCAUACUAGAUGUGAUGUCUCUCUUUUGGAGCAUGAAAGUAGG